AUGCUGCUGGGAAAAUAUGAAAGCUCUCCUGUUGUCACUUUUGAUGUAAUUAUAGGCAGCGAAGGUAAGGGGGCGUGUGAAGGGCAGGAAGGUUGUUAUGAUGCACAUGCUCCUACUGGGACUUUUAUCCACAAGGAAAAUGUUACUGCUAAAAGAGAUCAAGGAUGUAAAUCCAACUGUGGAAAACUCCACUUUAAGUCAGUACCAUUGGCAGAAAAAUAUAUUUUUGUAAGCAAAGACCCAUGUUAUUUAUUGAAACAUAGAUCUUCUCUGAAAGGAAAUUUGGAAAAUCAGGAUGAUCCUAUAGACUCUACUACAAAUGAUGAUGCAAAAGAUGAAUGUAUGCUUGGACGAAACAUUCAUUCAAACAUUUAUGAACACCAGAGGUUUCAAAAUGGGGGGAAACCCCCCCAAAGUGAUCAAAUCGGGAGAUCUAAUAGCAAGGGUUCAUCAAUCUUUAACCAACAAAUAUUUCCUCAUUGUUCUGACAUCCCUAAUGUUGACACUAAUGGGGGGGUCUUGAUCCAACCAUCAUUAAUCAAUGGGUGUGAUAAUAUAGUUAAUAUAGACCAACAUGCCAUGUGUACUAAAGUGAGCAAGGCCUUCAGCAAGAGCUGUGUAUUCAGUGAUUAUAAGAGUAUACACACUGGAACAAGAAGUGAUGCCUGUAUUGAAUCUCAGACUAACUUUGACCCAGACUCAAAUCUCAUGAAAUUUCAGGGAACUCAAUUUUCAGAGAAGCAGUCAGUAAGAAAUAAACAUGGGAAGUUCAUUUCUCAAAGCUCAUAUCUCACUACAUAUCAGAGAAUUUGUAUUGGAGAGAAAGCUUGCCAUUUUCGUGAGUGUGGCAAAGUUUUUAGCCAGGCUUCAAGAGUUACUCAAUAUCAACAUCAUCCUACCAGGAAGGAAGGAUGCAAGUGUGAAGAAUGUGCAAAAGUCUGUAAUCAGUCAUUAAAUCUACGAAGAGAUACGAAAAAACCAACUGGAGGGAAACCUGACAAAUGUGAAGAAUCUACAUGGCAUUCAGCCUUUACUAGACAUCAUGUAAUUCAUACUGCAGAGAAGCCUCACAAAUGUACAGAAUGUGGCAAAGCCUUUAGACGGCGUGCAUGUCUUUCUGAGCAUCAGAGAAUUCAUAUUGCAGAGAAGCCUUACAAAUGUACAGAAUGUGGCAAAGCCUUUAGAUGGCGAUCGCAUCUUUUUGAGCAUCAGAGAAUUCAUACUGCAGAGAAGACUUAUAAAUGUACAGAAUGUGGUAAAUCCUUUCCUUGUCAUUCUCAUCUUACUCAGCAUCUGGGUUCUCAUUCUGGAGAGAAGCCACACAAAUGUACAGAAUGUGGCAAAGCCUUUAAUCGCCAUUCUCAUCUUACUGAGCAUCUGAGAUGUCAUACUGGAGAGAAGCCUCACAAAUGUACAGAGUGUGGCAAAGCCUUUAAUCGGCAUUCUCAUCUUACUCAGCAUCUGAAUUCUCAUGCUGGAGCGAAGCCUUACAGAUGUGCAGAAUGUGGUAAAGCCUUUAAUCGGCAUUCAUCUCUUUCUCAGCAUCUGAGAUCUCAUACUGGAGAGAAGCCUCACAAAUGUAAGGAAUGUGGGAAAGCCUUUCAUUGGCCUUCAUCUCUUACUCGGCAUCUGAGUUCUCAUACUGGAGAAAAGCCUCACAAAUGUACGGAAUGUGGGAAAGCCUUUAAUCGCCAUUCUCAUCUUACUGAGCAUCAGAGAUCUCAUACUGGAGAGAAGCCUCACAAAUGUACAGAAUGUGGCAAAGCCUUUAAUCGGCAUUCUCAUCUUACUCAGCAUCUGAAUUCUCAUGCUGGAGUGAAGCCUUACAGAUGUGCAGAAUGUGAUAAAGCCUUUAAUCGGCAUUCAUCUCUUACUCAGCAUCUGAGAUCUCAUACUGGUGAGAAGCCUCACAAAUGUACAGAAUGUGGCAAAGCCUUUAAUCAGCAUUCUCAUCUUACUCAGCAUCUGAGUUCUCAUACUGGAAAGAAGCCUCACAAAUGUACAGAAUGUGGCAAAGCCUUUCAUUCACCUUCAUCUCUUACUCGGCAUCUGAGUUCUCAUACUGGUGAGAAGCCUCACAAAUGUACAGAAUGUGGCAAAGCCUUUAAUCGGCAUUCACAUCUUACUGAGCAUCAGAGAUCUCAUACUGGAGAGAAGCCUCACAAAUGUACAGAGUGUGGAAAAGCCUUUAAUCGCCAUUCUCAUCUUACUGAGCAUCUGAAUUCUCAUGCUGGAGUGAAGCCUUACAGAUGUACAGAAUGUGGCAAAGCUUUUAAACGGCAUUCUCAUCUUACUCAGCAUCUGAGUUCUCAUACUGGUGAGAAGCCUCACAAAUGUACAGAAUGUGGCAAAGCCUUUAAUUGGCAUUCAUCUCUUACUCAGCAUCUGAGUUCUCAUACUGGAGAGAAGCCUUAUGAAUGUAAGGAAUGUGGGAAAGCCUUUCAUUCGCCUUCAUCUCUUACUCGGCAUCUGAGUUCUCAUACUGGAGAGAAGCUUCACAAAUGUACAGAAUGUGGGAAAUCCUUUCAUUGGCAUUCAUCUCUUAUUCGGCAUCUGAGUUCUCAUACUGGAGAGAAGCCUCACAAAUGUACAGAAUGUGGCAAAGCCUUUAAUCGCCAUUCUUAUCUUACUGAGCAUCUGAAUUCUCAUGCUGAAGUGAAGCCUUACAGAUGUACAGAAUGUGGUAAAGCCUUUAAUCGCCAUUCUCAUCUUACUGAGCAUCUGAGUUCUCAUACUGGAGAGAAGCCUCACAAAUGUACAGAAUGUGGGAAAUUCUUUCAUUGGCAUUCUCAACUUACUCAGCAUCUGAGAUCUCAUACUGGAGAGAAGCCUCACAAAUGUACGGAAUGUGGGAAAGCUUUUCAUUGGCCUUCAUCUCUUACUCGGCAUCUGAGUUCUCAUACUGGAGAGAAGCCUCACAAAUGUACAGAAUGUGGCAAAGCCUUUAAUCAGCAUUCUCAUCUUACUCAGCAUCUGAAUUCUCAUGCUGGAGUGAAUCCUCACAAAUGUAUAGAAUGUGGCAAAGCUUUUAAUCAACAUUCAUCUCUUACUCAGCAUCUGAGAUCUCAUACUGGAGUGAAGCCCUACAAAUGUACAGAAUGUGGCAAAGCCUUUAAUCGCCAUUCUCAUCUUACUGAGCAUCUGCGAUCUCAUACUGGAGAGAAGCCUCACAAAUGUACAGAGUGUGGAAAAGCCUUUAAUCGCCAUUCUCAUCUUACCGAGCAUCUGAAUUCUCAUGCUGGAGUGAAGCCUUACAGAUGUACAGAAUGUGGCAAAGCUUUUAAUUGGCAUUCUCAUCUAACUCGGCAUCAGAGAUCUCAUUCUGGAGAGAAGUCUUAAAAAUGUACAGAAUGUGGCAAAGCCUUUGGUCAGCAGUCAGGUUUUAAUCAGUAUUGGUGACCUCACACUGGAGAGAAGCCUUACAAAUGUACAGACUAUGACAAAACUUUUAAGUGCCAUGCAAGCCUUACUCAGCAUCAGGGUAUCCAUCCUGGGUCAAAACCAUACAAUUGUAAUCAAUGUGACAAAGCCUUUAAACAGCAUUCAGUACUUUCUAGAUAUCAGGAAAUACAUACUGGGGAAAAACUUUACCGAUGUGGAGGGAAAUCUUGCCAGUGUAAUAUGUGA